GUGAAUUACGAUUUUAAGAUUAUUGACAAAUAAAAAUCUUACCAGAGAGUCUUUGUGAAUUGGCAACGACUUCGAAUAGGGAGUUGCGAAUAAAGCGAAGAUAGGAAAAGUGCUGAAAAGGAUGCGGUGUGUGUUUAUUUAAUCGUCGAACCGGUGGUGAUAGAAAUCGUCGAAUGCUAUAUUUGUUGCAAUGAAGGAGGACGCGGAGAACGAUAAAGACAAAGACGCGAGGAUUUGGGGAGCUUUACUCUUCGGCUUAAUUGGCGCCACCGUCACUACCUUUGCGGUCGGUCCGCUGCGGAGAAGUGUUGAUUGGUUCUGUGUUCAGCUAUCGAGGACACAGUCACAUAAAGGACAGAGAGGUGGGUCGUUCCGAACAUCAUUUCAAGAAGAGGCGUGGAGGAGGCACAAUAAGCGACUGCAAGAGGAGUACGAGGAGGAGAUGGAAAGAGUGGAACGAAUAAGGCGUAUGCAAAGCGUGUUUAACAGAGAAAGGAACAAGUAUAAAAGAAGCUACGAGAGCUGGAGGGAAAACGGUCAGGGUGCAUAUCAUCAGCAUUUCCAGAGAGAAGAUUGGUACUGGAAGACUGAUACAUCCUUUAGAGAUCGGAGGACCAAUUAUCGAGAACCUCCAAGAGAGACCGGAAACUAUGCAUUAUCACAUCACUACUCAAAUUUGGGUCUUGACAGGUUUAGAAAAACGCCGUAUUCAGAUGCUGAGAUUAAGACAGCAUUUAGAACUAAGGCAAAGGAGUAUCAUCCUGAUCAAAACCAGGAUAAUAUUGAGGCUGCUGAGGCGAAGUUCAAGGAAGUGUUGACUUCAUACGAGGCCAUAAAAAAGGAAAGAAGAAACUAAAUCGGUUCAACUAUCCUGGGACCCGAAAGGAUGCGAGUAUUGAAUCAUUGGUAGAGUGACUUGAUUGAGUAGCAAUGUCCUCGCCAAGCCUUGUUUGAGCGGCAAUGUCUUCGCCAAGCGCCGAACCCGGGGACCCUCGAUCCAAAUGCUUCUGAAGGUUGACAUAUUGUUCCAUGAAGUGUCGGGCAUACUAUUUUUUCCAUUAUUUAAAAAUGUUUAAUAGUGUCCCUUUAUAUAUUUGACACGUGUUGAAAGAUUAUUUUAGUCAUUCACUAUUAUAUUAUAUACUUAAAAUUUGGAGAGUGAAAUGUAGCGAAUGUAGCGUUCAAAAUCUGCAUCAAUAGGUAGCAGAUGAGCUAAAUUUGAGGUGAUUUGCGAAGUGAAUUAGCUAAGCAGUGGUUUUGUAUUCAAUACCUACUUUUUCUUUAGC